CGUGAGUGUGAGGGAGUGCCUAUGUGAGUCAGAGCGAGUGAGUGAGUGAGCGAAAAAAAAAGGUUGGAGCUGAAGCUGGAGGGAGAGCUGGAUGGAGAGAACAAGAGAGAACUUGUGAGUUAGGUGGGGAGACGGACGAGGAGGCGAGAGAAAGAAGUAGCACCGAACUUGUAGCAAACAGACUUACUUGCAUGUAGUACUCCUUCCAUGUACUGACGGUGAAUGGUACGUCGUGAAUCAUCUAUCUAGCAUGUAAAGGGAGCAAAGAACGAUCGAAAGCAAGAAGACCACUGGACGACACAAAACCGGAAAAAAAGUUGUUCUCAAUCAAGAAGCCAGUUGGCAAUUUGGUUGAGGUCAAACCAAAACUGUUGGUGUCAAGCCUGAACCGAGCACGGAGUGCCAACGUGAAUCAGCAUCAACGACGCUUUCAUUGAUUGGUUCCUCCAAAUCCGGUGAUUGUGAGUGUCAUUGGAAAGUUGCCGCCAUGACGGGAUUGAGCUUGGAGUCGAACGGUCAAGGAAGUCACGGAACGACCUCGGCCACGGAAAAGGGCUGUUGGACCAUCGGCUUGAUCAGCAGCAAGUUCAAGUACUUGAGUGCCGAAACGUUCGGCUUCCGAACCAACGCCAAUGGCAAAGCCUUAAAGAAGAAACAGAUCUGGAUUCUGGAGCCCACCGGGGAUGGCGAGAGUGUGGUGCUCCGAUCUCACUUGGGCAAGUAUCUGGCCGUGGACCAAUUUGGCAACGUCACUUGCGAUCAGGAGGAACGCGAUGAAUCGUCAAAGUUUGAAAUCUCCGUUUGCGACGACUUCUCGGGUCGUUGGGCCUUCAAGAGCCUGACCCGGGGCUAUUUUCUUGGCGCUUCUCAAGACAACAUCCAAUGCAAUGCCAAGUCCCCCGGGGAUGCCGAGCUUUGGUUUGUCCAUUUAGCCGCUCGGCCUCAGGUGAAUCUUCGCUCCGUGGGACGCAAACGAUAUGCCCAUUUGUCGGAAAAUCAAGAGGAGAUUCAAGUCGAGGAAAAUGUGCCUUGGGGCGAGGACACGUUAUUCACCCUUGAAUUUCUCGAGGAGGCCAAUAAAUACGCCAUUCACACCUGCACAAAUAUGUAUCUGCAAAGGGAUGGCAAACUCACCCCUGAAGUCAAUAAGGAUUGUUAUUUCUCGGUGGAGUACCAUGGAGGAUACAUUGCUUUGCGGGAUGCUGCCGGGCAAUAUCUAGCCCCCAUUGGAUCCAGAGCUGUCUUGAAAACCCGAUCCCGAGCCGUGACCAAGGAUGAGCUAUUCUCUUUGGAGGAUUCUUUACCGCAAGCCAGCUUUGUGGCAGCCUCCAAUGACCGAUAUAUUUCCGUGAAACAAGGUGUUGACGUGACUGCCAAUCAAGAGGAAAUUUCUGAUCACGAAACGUUUCAAUUGGAAUGGGAUAACUCUACUCAACGAUGGUAUAUUCGAACCAUGCAGGACAAAUAUUUUACCCUUCAAACCGGUGGAGGUAUCCAAGCUAACGAAGUCAGAAGAUCAUCCAACGCCCUUUUUGAGAUAAUUUGGCAUGAAGAUGGUUCCAUUUCCUUGCGAGCCAACAAUGGCAAAUAUUUGGGCACCAAGAAAUCCGGACACCUCUUUGCCAAUUGCGAAGGAUCUGAAGAAAAUACCCGGUAUUAUUUCUACCUAAUUAACCGCCCUGUCCUUGUCCUCAAAUGCGAGCAAGGCUUUGUGGGCUAUAAGUCAGCUGGCACAUGCAAGUUGGAGUGCAAUAAAGCUCAUUAUGAGACUAUCCUCGUGGAACGCGGUCCCAAAGGAUCCACCUACUUCAAAGGUCAAAACGGUAAAUAUGUCCACGCUCAUGGGGAUGGGAUCUCGGCGGAUUCAGACCUGCCCCAGGGCUUCUUCAUGGAAUUGCGCGAUCCCACUCGAAUGUGUCUUAAAACUGCCGAGGGAAAUUACUUGAACAGUGAGAAAAACGGAGGAUUGAUUGUGGGCUCCAAUCAAUCUGAAGAAGCAACGAACUGGGAAUAUUAAAUGAGCGAUAGAGGCACAAAAAUCAUCACCAAAAACAGCAAAAAAAUCUUAAAUAGAUAGGAUCGUGGCCAUCCAGUUUGGCAACUGCAAUCAAAAUUCUUGUCACUUCUCAUCUUUGUCCUUCUCCAUUUUACCUCUCAUGUGUUCCUAAAAGACACUCGGGAUCGGUCUAAAACUAAACUGCCCUCUUUAUCAAUGGCCAUAAUUCGUUUUUAACCGUAACUAUUCUCCACUGGUGAACUUGUAUUAUCGCUACAGUAACUUCUUACAAUACAGCAUUUUUCUUUCUUCAUCAUUUUGGAUGGCAAUUUUUACAUUUUCCUCACCAUUUUACACUACUCCGUUGAUAAGGUAUUUAAAACUAUAUUCUCUUUCGGACUAUGCUUUUGUGCAUGGUUAGAGAUGGAGCCAUCACUUGAGUUCAUUGAAAUAAAAAUAUGUUCCAUUUGUUA